AUGGCGGCGCGCCAGCGCACCAGGAAGACUACAUUUCCCAUCGGCCCCCGCCCGCCAGGCCACUUUGUCGCUGACGGUAUCUUCAAAGCUGAGCUGAAUGAGUUUCUGACUCGUGAACUGGCUGAAGAUGGGUACUCCGGAGUAGAAGUCCGGGUCACUCCAACCAGGACUGAGAUUAUCAUACUUGCCACCAGAACUCAGAAUGUCCUGGGUGAGAAGGGACGCCGCAUCCGGGAGCUGACGGCCGUCGUGCAGAAGAGGUUUGGAUUCCCUGAGGGAAGCGUUGAGCUCUAUGCUGAGAAGGUGGCCACAAGAGGUCUGUGUGCAAUCGCUCAGGCAGAGUCCCUGCGGUACAAGCUUCUGGGAGGUUUAGCAGUGCGUCGAGCCUGCUAUGGUGUCCUCCGCUUCAUCAUGGAGAGCGGUGCCAAGGGUUGUGAGGUGGUUGUGUCCGGCAAACUCAGAGGUCAGCGUGCCAAGUCCAUGAAGUUUGUGGAUGGCUUGAUGAUCCACAGUGGAGACCCGGUGAAUUACUACGUCGACACAGCUGUGCGUCAUGUCCUUCUCCGGCAGGGAGUACUGGGGAUCAAAGUAAAGAUUAUGUUGCCCUGGGACCCAAGUGGAAAGAUUGGCCCCAAAAAGCCUCUGCCAGACCAUGUCAGCAUUGUGGAACCCAAAGAAGAGAUCUUGCCCACCACCCCCAUUUCAGAGCAGAAAGGUGGCAAACCAGAACAGCCAGCGAUGCCUCAGCCGGUUCCCACUGCCUGAGGGGGUUUGUAACAUCGGCAACCAGAAGCUUGACUGUCCUGAAAACAUCUCUUAAUAAAAUCACAAAAGACAGUG